AUGAGUCAGAGAAAGCUAAUUCCCAAGUCCUCUCUUCGGUCUCCUGUCCCUCAUCCCAAGUUGAACUUCCCGUCCUCAGACCCACCUGUGAAGAAAGAAGACCUACACCUUUCCAAAGACUCCUUGGAAUCUGACUCAGAAAGCCUCGCUCAAGAGAUGCACUCCCUUUCUGAACGGGAGUACCAAGUCCGGGACAACGACAUGGAGCCUGACAGUUUAGAGGGAAGCCCUGGACCGGACAGCCUGAGUGAGACCCAGGAGGAAGCAAGCAGAAGAGCAGCCGAGGCGGCCGGGGAGGAGGACGGCCGUGCCUGGGACAGUGUUGUGAAGGACAGCCAACAACCAAUGAAAGAUAAAUAUUCAGACCUCCAAUAUGACCCAAACUGGAAUAAGAAACAGGAAAGGCAGCUGUCAGCUUUGGAAGGGCUGUCGGAGUCUGGAGAGAGCUCUCUGGAAAACCUGCCUCUGGAUCCACUUCAGCCUUCCCAGGAGACAUCGGCAGAGCUCUCAGCGGGGAAAGACGGCCAGCAGAGUCCACAGAGUGCAGCCUCCUUACUUGGGAGUGAAUUUUUAAGCACACCCUAUGAGCACAGCACUCUUAGCAGUGAGCCGUUUUCCGAGCUGAGCGACAGCGACCUGGAGGAGGAGUCCAGCAACCUCUCGCAGUACGUGAAGAGUUCAAGUUCACAUAAUGAAGUUUUCCUGUCGGAAUCCCGCGGCCGUCGGCGAAAGAAGCCCAAACAAUAUUUUGUAGAGAAAAAUAAGCUGACCUUGGGAUUGCCCAGUCCUAAAACAGCCUCUUAUCUUCAACUUCACAAUAAAAGAAGGGGGGAAACUCACCUGCAGCAGGUCUCCCACCCGGCCAGGGGAACGGACAAAACGCCUGUUCAAAACACCAAGGAGAUUGAGCAUGCUGCCAUCGAUCCCGAAGACAAAUGGCAUCAAAGAGCACAACAGCUAAAGAAUUACCAGGAGCACUGUUCUGAAUAUGAGAGUACAAAGUCAAGCAAUGUGCCACAAGGUCAGUCUUCUGAAACAGUGAGCAACCAGCAACCUUCUAGAAGACCAGCCAAAGCCAAGAUUGGAAAACAGCUUGGCCACCAGAAUGGCCUGAAGUCUUUCAUGACCGAAGAAGUCACCAUCAGUCAAGGAAACGAGAAUAACACCUCCAGACAGCAGCAGAACCAAAAUCAGCCUAUUGAUGCUUUCAUAAGCCACCCAUCAGUUGUGCUUGUGAACACCUCCAAUGAUAAUUUACAAGGUUCAAGUGCACUUAGGAGACAGAAUCCCAAAGUAACCUCCACCGCAUCUGCCCCAGCCAAACAGGCUUUUGCCAAGGUGUUGUCUAAGAACUCUACUAGCUAUCCCCCAGUGCUGACUGUGAGUAAAGGAAGCCGCAGAGACCAAAAAGAGAAAAGACUGUCACAUCAGCAGCCACAUCUCAGCACCCUUUCUAAUAUGGACUUGAACAACCUUGAUGAAUUUUCCAAGACACAAGUGCACCUCACCCAGAGAGGCCCUCAGUUUGUUUAUAACAUAAAUGAUCAUGGAUCGACCAAAAACAACAAGCAACCCAAACAGCCAUAUACGGAGACAAGAUAUAGGAACUUGGAAAUAUUAUGGAAGUUCAGUUCCUCCUCUGACGGCCAACCUGUGAGAGCUUCUCCAGAAUCCCAGCUCACGCACAUAAUGGAGCAGCAUCAGCAAGCCCUGGUGCAGCUGACGGAGGUGCAGCCCCGCAACGGCGCCUUCCCCGGCACCACACUGCCCCCGAUCUUGUCGAGGGUGGAGAGUGAAUCCCAGCUCAGUGCAGAGAGAGGCCAGAGACAGCAAAUGAAAAUCAACCGUAGCAAUUCUGAAGGCUACCUCUUCCAGCUGGAGAAGGAGAAAAGGCACAGGAAGAGAAGCAGCCUUAAGAGUUCCAAGCUGAAAGGUUGUCAGAGCAGCAACCUGAAUCUUGGAGGCCUCAGACCUGACUUUGAGUCCAUCAGAGACAAAAUGCAAAAAUUCACGCAGCAAAAGGAAUAUGCAAAGCAAGUGAAGGAGUACAACAUGAAGACACUGUCCCUUUUGUCAAAACCACAGACAGCAAAAGCGGAAAGCAAACCUGCCAUCCCUCGUCAGAAGGCUUUGGAAUAUGCUAAGACCAUCCCAAAACCCAAGCCAUCAAAUCUGACCGAUCGAGCCUCAAAGGAGAAAAAAAAACCCAGCUACGCUGGAAAAGAAGAAAGUUUACCUGAAAUCUCCCUGCUGGAAAUGCUGCAGAACAGGCACGAAAGAGAGAAGCAGGCCGUGGCUGCCUUCAAAGUCCUGCACAUCGUGUAG